UCCUGCCCCUGAGCGGGGCCGCCGCCUGCUCACCCCGGCCUGGCGGGCCGCGCUGUAGGCCGGGCCCUGCUGCCGCUGGCAGGCCCGCGCCCUUCUGCCUCCCCUCUCCCGGUGCUCGGGAGCGGGCUGGCGCGGCGGGGGAAACCGUCCCGCUCCGCCCUGGCCCCCGCUCGGCCAAAGGAGAAAGAUGUAAUUCAGACCCAAAGUGGAGUUUGGCUGUAGCCACAGGAAUGUGUUCCUCACUAACUACAGACUUCAGCCAGGGGUUUCUACCCUGGUGAAGGUGUACUGGACAAGUAUUGACUUGGAAGCUGCUUUUAGGAUGUCUGAAGAUGAUGAAAAAGUUAAACUCCAUCGAAUUGAACCUGCCCUUCAGAAAUUCAUUAAAGUGGCAAUUCCAACAGAUUUGGAAAGGUUAAGAAAACACCAAAUAAAUAUUGAGAAGUAUCAUAGAUGCAGACUCUGGGACAAAUUGCACGAAGAGCACAUUAACGCAGGACGAACAGUUCAGCAAGUCCGUGCCAAUAUGAGAGAGAUGGAGAAACUCUGUUUGCGAGUCCGGCAGGAAGACGCCCCCAUUCUGCAGAGAAUGAUAAAUCCCGUUAAAGAGGAGGCUUCGUUUGCCGUAAAAGAAUUCCUGCAGCUCCAUUCUGAAUCUGCAGAAGAACUUAGAAGGCAACUCGGAGGACUGGAGGAUGCCUCUUUAACCAGAUCUGCAACUGUAGGAGGAGAGACUUUACAUAACAUGGAAGUGAAGGAUGGCUCCCAGAGCUUAAUCCAGAUCUACUCCCGCCUUCCUGAAAUACCUCAGGAAGAAAAUGCAGCUGAGUCCUGGGAAACCUUAGAAGGGGACUUGAUUCAGCUUAGCCAGUUGGUGACUGAUUUUUCUCUCUUAGUCAACUCUCAGCAGGAGAAGAUUGACAGGAUUGAAGACCAUGUCAACAGUGCUGCUGUGAAUGUUGAAGAGGGAACCAAAAAGUUGGGGAAGGCUGCAAUGUACAAGCUGGCAGCUCUGCCUGUGGCAGGUGCAGUUAUUGGUGGAGUGGUGGGGGGUCCCAUUGGGCUCCUUGCAGGCUACAAAGUGGCAGGAAUCGCAGCUGCACUUGGUGGUGGGAUUUUGGGUUUCACAGGUGGAAAAUUGAUGCAAAGAAGGAAAAAAAAAAUGACCGAGCAGAUCUGUUCCAGCUGUCCAGAGCUUUCUCACCCAAGUGCCAAAAAAUCCAGCUGAAGUAGAGAUUCAUUUCGACUAGGAACAAAAGUGUAGUAGCCGUGCUAAUGACAGACUUGCAGCCUUAGGCUUUAAAUACAAGGCUGAGUUGUGUGAAUUUUGACAACAGGACUGUUACUUGGGAGGGGCGAAACAGUAAUGUCAGUAUUUCACUUUUCAGAUGUGCUAACUGACAUCAGUCCUUUGAAAAUUAUAUGGAUAACUUUUAAUUAUAAAAUUCUUAGGUGAGCUGUAUGCACAGCUGUAAUGAUGGGUGAUGGGUGCUUCACGCCAAAUUUGCACAAAGUGUCUUGCAGACAAUACAAAGAGAGAUAUUGGGAAAACCGUAGUGCUUUCCCAUGAAUGGCACCCAGAAGCUGGAGAUUUUAUUAAUAGAGCCCGAAAGGAAAGGAAAUAAGCUUCAUCUGUCUUUCAUGGCCAUGGUACUUUAAAUUUAAUUUAUCUGGAUUCCCAAACUCCUCCUGUCUAUACCCCCAGGACACAACUGACUAGGCCUGUUCAAUAACUAAUGCACAGGGAAGCAUUAGUUGCCAUAGGAAAAAGUUGAAAUGUUGGCUGAGCAAGUUGGAAAAAACACUUCAGUACAUCCCACAUCUGCCUCCAUCAGACAAUUAGAUCAGCAUCAGCUUUUCCCCUUUUUCAGGUCUUUUUAAAAAAAAAAAUUGGUAAACUCCUCCUCUUGUUCAAAAUGUAGUUAAACAUCGUAAGCAGCAACCAUGCAGGACUACCGCUGGAGGAUAUUUUUCCAUGGCUGUUCAGCUCCUUGGCUUGUCCUGAGAACAGCACGCAGGAUGAAGUGACAAGCUCUGGCAUUCUGAGCCCAAAGCCUCAGCCUACUUAAGCAGCGCCUACUGCUCGGUGCUGCUCUUGCUUCUCAUCUCCCAUUGCCCGCAGCGCUCUGGCAGGAGAGCUGAAGAGCUGGAAGGUGCUGCUGCAGCCCCACGCCCUCAAGAGUCUUCAUCGUCCCUCAGGGGAGGCAUUAGGCACCAGGUCAAAGGGUGGUGAAGCAGUGAGGCCCUUUAAAUGGUGGAAGUGUCAGCUGAGCUCCCCAGCUGAUGGGGCUGUUUUGAAACUGUCAGCCUGCGGCUGUUGACAAGAUGUAAAACGUGCUUGGCUGGGUCAGCUGUGCAGCUCCUGCACACUGGUCAGGCCUGAAACUUCCGCUUCUACCUGCGCUGUCAAGUGGCUUCUCAGCCUUUUCAAUAUUCUGGGACGUGCUGUGGAGCCUGUGUGGGCUGAGGUGCUGUUAGUGCUUUCACUAGGUUUUUAUAGCGGAUGCCUGUCAUUCUGAGUGUCCUUAUUUUACUGCUUAAGAAGCCUUUUGCUUCUGAAACUUCCAUUGUUAAAUACGGGAGCGUUAACGUGUUUUUAUUGCCACAUAAUUGUACUAUUGUCACAAAUGUACUGUUCAGCACAUGGCCCUACCUCCAUCCUUCCAGGACAGUUCUCACACUAUUGCUGCUGCUGUUUGGGGGAAAAGAAAUUGAGGUUGGGAAGCUGCUUUUUAAAGUUUUUAAACUGUUCAAUUCACUCUGAGCUCUGCUUGAGUCCAGUUUUAUUAGAUGAACACAGAAGUCAGUGUUCAGUGAGAAGGCUCCUUAGCAGGGAACACCGUAUAAGGAAACAUACUAUAGAAAGAGAUCCCUUUUCUUAACCAGUACUUUGGUAUCAUUGUUGGAAAUUACUCUCUACUGUGACAGACAACAGGUGUUUUUGCCUAGAGACACUACAAGCAACUGUUAGUUUCAGCACAAAUGUAUUUUUCUGAACAGUUCUUCCUUAUUAUUUCUAAAAUAGGACUGAAAUUGCUGUCAGUCAGAGCACUGUGUCUAUUUUAAGCAGGUCUGAGGCUUAGGGAAGCAACGUUUGCAAAAAUAGUUUUCACAAGUAAUGGUGCACAUUGUCCGAAGUGCGUGUGUUGAAGCGGCAGUGCCUACAUCCGUAACAUCAGCUGGAGCGGAAAACAUGACCCAGGGAAUUCAGAUCCUUUGCUCCAGUCAGGCAAAAAUUGUUUUUCUUUAAAUACAUCUACUUUGGAUAAAAAAAUUAAUGAGCUUGUAACAACUUUAUAGUAAGGCUCUUCACAUCCCGUGAUUCUGUGAUGCCUUCGAUAUGUAACUUCUACAUUUAAAGGAAGAAACUGAGGGAAAAAAAAGGUAUUCUGGUUGAUUCUUUGUAUGAUUUCAAAACGCCAUGUCUACUUUCCUACUGUAUGCUUCAAAACCUUGUGCAUUUAAAUGAUAGCAGCCACAGCAGAGGCACUGAAAACCCCACCCUCUCUCCUCAAUGCCAGGACAAUCUAAAUUCAUAAAACUGAAUUCCUGCCACAGCUUAUACAAAUUCAGCUUGGUAUGUAUUCAUUUUAUGAAAUGUCUAGCACAAAAACUAUUCUUCCUCCUUGAGUCUUUAAGGAAGCAAUUUCAAAACAUUGUGUACAGCCCAGACUUGGAAGACUGUUAUUUAAGCUAUGAUUUUUUAAAAAAUAGAUGGGUUAUUUACAUAUGUGAAGAAACAUGGGCAACAGAGUAACCAAACCAGCAUUUAAAUUGCUAGGCAUGUUAAUCAGAAGAAAUGUAAGAUAUACAUAAUUCUUUCAGACCAAAUAAAAGUUUUUGCCUAUGAAA